AUGCGUACGCACGCUGUGUUGUAUGCCCUUGUGCUGGCUUUAUUGUUUACACUUUCGUAUGCUCAGACAUACCCGAAUAACAAUGUAACGAGUUUGGAGGGCACAUGGAGCAGUGGUUCUGGCGCCGUUCUCACUGGCCAGGACCAGAAUGGCAACGCCUUUUUCAACCCUAUGCGUCGUCAAUUCACUGUGCCACCUACGGCUGGUUACUCGUACAGCUUCACGGAUGAUGGCUUCUUUGAGAUGUCUAGUCUGACGUAUGCGACAGAUCCUGGUCAUCCAUCGUGUUUUAACGCUACUUUGAUAUGGCAGCAUGGCACCUACAAUAUUACAGAGGGUCGUAUGACCAUGAUUCCUUUCGAUGGUGAUGGUGCUGUGCAAUCGAUGGGCCAGUGCGAAAACCCACCGAGCCGUCUUGAUUACUACUCGGAGAUGCAGAGUAUGCGCAAUUGGACGACAUUUAUCGAAACCGAUGUGGUGUUUUUCCCUGGGAUUGACUCCGUGUACGGUCUUCAGAUGUACUUGGAGAAUGGUGUGCCACUCCCGAAAAUGUACCUGCAAUAUCGCCCGCCUCGCAUGAUGCCAACGAGAUCCAUAUUUAAGAAGGUCAUUGGUGCACCAUCGUAA